AUGGAGGAGUCGAGCGAGGUGGACCAGCGGUUGAGGAUCUCGUCCAUGGAUUUGCCGCGGAGGAGCGAGGGCGUGGCCACCGGACCGACGGACGCGGGGGCGGCGGUGCAAGUGGAAGUGGUGGUGGUCGGUUUGGUCGUAGUAGUGGAGGCAGCGGCAGCGGGAGUGCUGCCGAAGGAGAAUCCACCUGCGGGCUUGGACGCAGCAUCUCCUGAGGCAGCAGCGGGGCCAGCUGAUGCAGCCGUCGCAGCCGGAGCAGAAGUAGUGGUGGCGGUGGUGGCGGUGGUGCUCGCGGCUGGCUUGCCGAACGAGAAUCCGCCGGAAGCAGGGGGCGCGGCGGGUGCAGCUGCAGGAGCAGUUGUCGAAGCAGCAGGAGCAGCGGCGGGUUUGCCAAACGAGAAUCCACCCGUAGCCGCCGGUGCAGCGGCAGUUUUGUUUUCAGCACCUGACGACGCCGGCGCCGUAGCACUCGAUGCCGCCGUAUUGUUGCCGAACGAAAACCCUCCGAGUGCAGGCUUUGCCGGAGCAGCAGCGCCGGAGGCAGCUGGAGCAGCGCUAGUCGAGGAAUUGCCAAACGAGAAUCCACCCGUGCUGGCAGGCGCAGCAGCUUGUGUUGCUGGUGCAGAAGUCGUUGUUGAGGUGCUGUUUGCCGCAGGAGCUGCUCCGAAUGAGAAUCCACCAGAAGCAGGCUUGGACGCUCCGCCAAAGAGCGAACCACCAGCAGCGGGUGGGGUCGCGGUGGAAGUAGCAGCAGGAGUUGAGGAAGAGUUGCCACUGUCACCGCCAAGCUUGAACGAUCCGAAACCGCUCAGUCCACCGCCACUAAUAGCUGCUGGAGUGGAAGAAGUCGUAGCUGUGGAAGCGGGUGUCGUGCUGGCUCCUCCGAAAGAGAAACCACCCGCUGCUGGCUUGGCUGCGUUCGAGGCUGUGCUGUUGUUUCCGUCGAAUGAGAAACCUCCAGUAGUAGCAGCAGGAGCUGCAGGAGUGGUGGACGUGGUUGCACUGUCUGCUGGUUUGCUGGCUGCACCGCCAAAGCUGAAUCCUCCCGAGGAAGCUGUGGGUGUGGACGACGUCGGGGUGGAAGAAGAUGCUGCUGGACCACCGAAAGAGAAGCCACCUGUAGAAGGUGCUGCUGGUUUUGCUGCUGCGCCUCCGAAGGAAAAGCCACCGGUGCCCGUGGUGGAGGAGUUGGUGUUGUUAGAGCCGAAAAGUCCUCCGCCAGAAGCAGCCACGGCCCCGAGAUCACCACAAAACGUCUUUGUUCUGCAAGUCGAGCAGACAGGACCUCAUUACCCAGCCAUGCCUCCAAAAUCGUCAUCACUCGCUUCAUUGCUAGGCACACUCACCAACGCAGCACCCGUCGACUUCGACCCAGAGGCACUCGACGCCGAUCAGCCCUCGUCGUCCGCUUUCGCCAACGGCAACCAUGACUCUGCUUCCGGAUCUGCGAGCGAGGAUGACGACGACUAUGAGGAAGAGGAAGAGGAAGAGGAGUCCAUGAACCCAAGAGCACACUACGCUGACGUCAGUACAAGCGACAUGCGCAAAAAAGCAGCGCUCAGCGAAAGUGACAGGAUCAAUCACCCGAGAUAUCAGGGUGUGAAGAGCAGUCGUGCAGAGCUAUACGCCGAUGAAGAGGAUGAUGACGAGGACGACGCCAGCGAGCAAGACGAGCAGGAUACCGACGAGGACGAGGAUCAAGAUGAAGACGAUUCCGAGCAGGACGCAGAACUGCGAGCCGCCCCAUCAAGGAUGACCAAACAGCUCCGAUUUGCCGAGCAAGACGACGCCUCCGAGCUCAGCGACCAAGACGAACGAGCAGCGCAAGCAUCCACCUCCAACAGCAUCGCAGCACAGAUCGCACAAUCCGCAUCACAAGCCAAAGCGCUCAAAGCACGCCGACUCGAAGAUGCCGAAAAGGGACGUCAAGUUCGCAAGCAGAUCAAGACCUACGAACGCACGCUCGAGACACGCAUCAAGGCGCAAUCCGUCCUCCGCGAUGUCAACCGGCUUCCCGACCCCGCGAUCUACAACCAGACCAUGUCCUCCUCCAGCACCGCAGUGGAACCCGCAGUAGCGUUGCUCGAACAGCUGCUCGAGUUGUCCGAGACGCUCUUCUCGCUCAGGACACGUCUCAAUACCCUUGCCACAGGAGCAGAUGAAGACGAGGUUACUGUUGCGCCACCAGCGCUGAGGAAAAGGAAGAGGGACUUUGACGUGACAGUCCCGGAAGACGACGAGGAAGCACACGAGACAUGGGCUCAGAUCACAUCGCACGAUCAGAUCGAUGCCACGCUCAACGACGUCGUCGGCUACUCUUCUGCUCUCGAACCUCAUCGUCGCAGCGUAUUGGACAAGUGGAGUCUCAAAGUUACUUCUGCAGCAGCUGCCGCAGCAGCAGCUUCAAAUGGGAACCGAUUCAACCAGCUGCGAGCUGUCAACCAAGCUCCCUCGUCCCAGAUCGACUCUGCGCUCGCUGGCGACGGACUCUCCCGACUCGUCUCGCGCACCCGCGUGCUGCGAUCCGAAACAGACGGAGCUUCCAAACUGCGCACCGCGCCGCCCCCCUCGGCUUCGGACGAAGCGCAGGACGACCAGGUAUUUGACGACACCGAUUUCUACUCUGCACUGCUCAAGGAGCUCAUCGAGCGACGCUCAGGCGUCCUCUCCAACGAAGGCGGCACCACCACAACCACUGCAAUGAUGCUUUCCAGCUUGCAAGGUGGCGGCAAGAAGAAGAAGAACAACGUCGAUACCAAGGCGUCCAAGGGAAGGAAGUUGAGGUACGAGGUCAACGAAAAGCUUGUCAACUUCAUGCCGCCUAUCCGUGACCGCGUAAAGUGGGGACCGGAGCAGAUUGAGAGGUUGUUCCGACAGCUCGCAUCGACUUCCAUGGGAGCUGUCAGAGGUGUGCACGAGGUCGACGAAGCGAGUGCGGACGAGGAGGGACGGGGAGAGGAUCAGGAGGAAGAGGCGCAGUUGGCUGGGUUGCGUGUAUUUGGUUGA